AUGGCCUCCCCCCACAAACGCCCCGAAAUCAUCGCCCUAGCACAAGACCUCAAUGGUAUCCCCUUGUGCGAGCAAUACGAAGCCAUGAUCUCCGGCAUAUUGUACAACCCCAACACCUCUAAACUCUUCGAAGUGCGCCACCACUGCCGCAGCGUGACAGCCGAGUACAACGCCUUCGACACGAAAGCAGUCUCGUACGACCAGAUUUUCGCGAAAAGAUUGGAGAUGUUGCGAAGGGUCGUUGGGAAGGUUGGUGAUGGGACGUUCGUGGAGCCGCCGUUUCUGCCGGAUUAUGGGUGUAAUUGUACGGCUGGCAAGAAUAGUUUGACAAUUCUCGACACAAGCCUCGUGAUAAUCGGCGACAGAGUGCAAAUCGGCACGAACUUAGGUAUCUUCAGCGCAGGCCACGACACGAGCGUCCUCUCGCGGCAGAAAUUCGUCGAGUUCGGACACCCCGUUUUCAUCGAGGAUGAUUGCUGGAUUGGUGGGAAUGUGGUGAUUCUUCCUGAUGUGCGGGUCGGACGCGGGUCGACUAUUGGGGCCUGGUCGAUUGUUACGAGGGAUGUUCCGGCUUUUUCGGUGGCUGUGGAGAGUCCGUGUCGGGCGAAGAAGACGAUUCCGUCGCCGGAGGAUGCGGAUGCGGAAAAUCCGUAUCGGAACUUGGUGAGGGAGGAUAGGGAGGUGUGA